CUCUUUUUUUUCUUUUUCUCAUUUAUUGUAUAAUAAAAUAAAACAGUAUGGCUCAACCUAUGCCUGCAAGCGAAAUACCUGAACAAGUACAUAUUGAACGACCUGUACUCAAUGACUAUGAUCUUAAUGUUGUUGACGAAGCAAUGCUGCAUCCCGAAAAAGAAGAAUACAUUGACCAUUUCGGGUUCAGAGUACAAGUAAAGACGGAUAAUGAAUAUGACCAAGAUACAAGCGAUUCCGACUACGAAGAUGCGCCUAGUACAAAUAAAAAUCAAAGUUAUCCAACCAACGAUGCAUCAAGUGUCAACGAACCUGUGUUACCCGAAUCUGGUCCUAAUAAUGAAGAUUGGCAAAUUGUGACCAACACACCCACCUUAAAGAGUACAACUAGCUAUUACGACAUGUUAUUAGCCAAGUUUUCCAGGAACAGCGAUUCUGCUAAACAGGUCCAGCUUAAAAAAGAAACAAGUCAUAAUCUGGAAUUAUUGAAAUCGUCCCCCUCUGCUCAAAAACAAGACACAGAUUGGGAGUUUUGGGCUUCUGUGAUAUCUGAUUUUGAACGGGUAAAUCGUACAGAACACGCUAAAUUUAGAUCGCUGCUAAGUAUCGGUAUACCUUCCUCUUUAAGAGGUAUGCUUUGGCAGAUAUUUGCAAAUUCAAAAUACAACAGUGAUCUGAUUGAAAAUGAAUAUCGAGAAUUAUUAAACAAGACAAGUUCACAUGAAAAAUUAAUAAGGAGGGACCUAUCAAGAACAUUUCCUACAUUAAAGUAUUUUAAAGAAAAAGGAGGAGAAGGUCAGGAAAUGCUUUUUAAUGUGAUCAAAGCUUAUAGUUUGUUUGACAAGCAUGUGGGAUACUGCCAAGGUUUACAUUUUGUCGUGGGCGUUUUAUUGCUACAUAUGCCCGAUGAAGCUGCGUUUUGUGUACUCAUUAAGUUAAUGAGCCAGUAUGGUUUAAGAGGACACUUUACACCUCAGAUGGAAACUUUACACGAACGCAUGUUUCAAUUUAAUCAACUGCUACUUGUUUUCUUACCGCAGGUACACCGCCAUUUAGACGCACAAGGUGUUCUGCCAACCAUGUAUGCCUCACAGUGGUUCAUGACACUUUUCGCUUACAGAUGUCCCCUUGAACUUGUGUAUCGCGUAUUUGAUCUUGUGUUCGUAGAGGGAUCCCAAAUCAUUAUCAAUUUUGCAUUGGCACUGAUGAAAAAGAAUCAACAAGUGAUACUGAGUCUGGAAUUUGAGUCUUUAUUGGAAUUCUUUGCUGGAGGAAUUUUUGAUGCAUACAAGGACGAUGCACAUCAGUUUGUGCAGGAUGCAUACAGUUUUGACAUAUCACCGCGCUUAUUACAGAAACUAUCCAAACAGUAUCAACAGGAAGCAGCCAAAGAAGCCAAGAUUCAGUCGAUCGAGGAUAGUAUCAAAAGAGAAAAUCUUGAAUUAUCUGAGCAAGUUAGAAAGCUUAAAAAGUCAUACAAGACAUUGGAAGUCGAACAUCAAGAUGUAGCACAACAAGUGAUUGAAGCAAAAAUGUCAAUGGCAAGUUUGGCUGCUGAAAAUCAGCAGCUAAAACAUGAUCUGGGUCAAAUGAAACAUGAAAUGACCAAAAUAAGAAACUCGAUGGAUAAUGAGCGUCAGAAGCAGUUUGAUGAAUUGGCAAAGCAUAAUGCGAAUUUGGUAGAUAUUAAUUCAGAUCUUCAGGAGAGACUGUCUGAACUAGAAUCGGUGUUGAUUGACAUGAAGCUGAAAUACGCUGAAAGUGAAAAUGACUACGAGGUUAUGAAGCAAAAGCUACAUGAGGCUCAGAAAUUAAGUUCGUUAAAACAAUAACUAAUAAAUCAUUGAAUUGAAUUUUUAUCAUCAAAUA